UGUGUUUUCAAAAUUUACUUCCAAAUGGAACCUCUCUACUUAAAAGCAUGCCGAAUGUGCAUGUGCUAUAGACAUCUUAAACCAUUGGAUUCGGAAAUGGUACGGAAAAUAGGAUCCUGCUUCGGUAUAAUGAUCAACCUUGAGGAUAGAACGUUACCCCUCGGUAUAUGUCGAAAAUGUACAAAAAAAGUUAUCCAGGCCAAGAAAUAUCGCGAUUUCUAUCUGUCAGUGCAGACGAAGCUGUUUGUAAAACGCUCAAACCACUUUCUUCGUAUAGACCGUCAACCAUUGGUUGAAGUUAUUUUGAGGCGCAAUGAAUCUCCACGAUACAUCUAUCCUUCGGGCCGGCGAGUACAAGACAGAAUGCGGGAGGAAAAGCGAACAAAAGCCCGACCAAGCUCGGAAAGCAAAACAGACCCUCAGAACAAUGCAUCUGGAAACAUUAAUGCUUCAGUGAAUAGAUUACUAUCUCCCAGCACUUCUUCUGCCAUUGCAACAAGCCAUUGUCGCCCAGAAGUAGAAUCUACUGCUGUUCCUCGUCAACGUACAACCUCAACUGAUGAAGUUCCUAACCAAAGCUAUUCGCCUUCCCCUGUACUUAAUUUUUCAAAUUCAAAUACUCCGCCUCCCGCUGCUAUUACAUUAGUUGUAACCACACCUGAGGAAGUGACAAUGAACGGUUUGGACGAUCCAGCAGUUAAGGAGGAUUUCGAAGCAACCGAACACGAUAACAAUUCGGAAAAAGAAUCUUUUCCUAUUGAAAAAUUGGAAACAGAAUCAGACAUCCAAUCGCAAGAUGAUACAGAAAAUGUUGAUGAUUCGGCCACGUUUUAUGAGGAGCAGAAAAUCUAUGCCACCGAAGAGUUGGAGGAAGUACUUCAAGAUCAAAACAUGGAAGAUCCCGAGGAACAUGUGGAAGCAGAGUACCUUAAUCAACACGAGCUUAGCGCUGGGGAUGGCUUAGAUUCGGAACACCAUCUGACACAGGAACAGUACGAUUCGACUGAAAUAGAAGUGCUAGAAGCAAGUGAAACAAUUGAAUCCGUCAUUCCCGGCAAUGAAAAUACUGGUUAUAAUGUUCAAGACACACGGCGACGCAGGCGAAGUAGUAAAUCUCGGGAUUGGGUCAUACAGUACCCUGAACCAGAUCCGGAGGAAGUGGAGGUGAUAAACGAAGAGGAAAACAUCAUUCAAUACAACAUUCAGCGUCUCGAGGAAACAGAAGAUGAAGAUAAUACGCUGGGGGAAGGUGCAGAUUCGGCCACCGUAUCUUUGAAAAUCGAUAAUACAGACGAAUACCAGAUUCCAACCAGCAUGAACAGUUCCGAAAGGACAGCUAAUAAGGAAGCAGGUAUGAUGCGUUAA